AUGGGUGUUUGUGAUACCGGCGGUUGUGGUACCUGUGGUUGUGGUACCUGUGAUUGUGGUACCUGUGGUUGUGGCAACUGUGGUUGUGGUACCAGUGGUCGAGGUACGGGUGUGGGUGGUGCCAGCGGUUGUGUUGCUCAAAGUUGUGGUAUGGUUGUUUAUGAUAACGGUGGUUGUGAUACCUGUGGUUGUGGUGCCGAUAGUUGUGGUACCGGUGGUUGUGGUACCGGUGGUUGUGGUACCGGUUGUUGUGGUGCACAAAUUUGUGGUACCGGUGUUUAUGAUACCGGUGGUUCUGGCACCUGUUUGUGGUACCGGUGGUCGAGAAUCUAUUGUAAUCUACGGACAAAGAAUAUAAUUAAUCAUUACGAAGAGAAAGACCUUGGUGUGAUCGUGAAAGAAUUAAAAGACUCGGUAUUAGUUUUCAUCUUAGUUUGCAUGAAUGAGAAAGAAAUACCUCUUCUGGUUUUUCAUGCAUUAUUCCCAGAUGCUGUUUAUGAUGUAGCUGCACGUUACAACUACAUGGGAACAUUAAUUCAUAAGAUUUAUAUUAAACUCACAGCAACUCCUUAG